AUGGGCAGCUCAAGCAAUUGGGAACAACUAGGAAUGGGUGUGCUUCACCAGCCAAAGGGGAGCACGAAAUGGCACUCUAUAAAUAGAGAGAUGUACACUCAUUCAAAGGGGAGUCACUCCAUUCAGCCUAAAAUUCACUUAAGCCAUCCUCUUUCUCUGCCAUCACCACUCACCCAAACUUAUCCCAAAUCACCGAAACAGCUCCAACAAGCCUUCCUUCCAUUUCCUUAUGAAUUUCCUCUUUCUCUGCCAUCACCACUCACCCAAACUCAUCCCAAAUCACCUCUUGAGUUGCCAUACUCUAGAUGUGAGGAACCUCUUGGAGCAGCAUUAGACGUAGAGAAGAACUUGGAGAAGCCUUGGACACCACAAAAUCGUCUAGAAAGAGAGUUGGCAACUGCGAAAGAGCAAGCCAUUGCCACAUUUGAAGGUCUUGCUAUCCACACUGACCUCCCAGGUUCUUCACCUUCAAAUUCGGAAUCAAGUUCAGACCAAGAAGAAGAAGAAGAGAUGGCUGCCAAUGAGUUCAUGGAAGACCUUGAUAUCCCAACAAUUCCAGCAUCCCCUUCAAGCAUCUUGCUGCCCACCGCAGCUCGAAACUAUGAGCUUAAAUCUUCUCAUCUUAAUAUGUUGCCUUCCUUUUAUGGUUUACCUAAUGAAGAUCCAUUAACCCAUAUAAAGGAUAUUUUUAAUGCUGUGAGCUCUUUUCCCUUGACAGGUGUGACGGAAGAUCAACUUCGAAUGAGAGUGUUUCCUUACAUUUUGAAAGAUAAGGCGAAAUAUUGGUUGAAUUCUUUGAAGCCUGGUUCACUCACGACUUGGGGAGCCAUUCAAAAAAAGUUCUUGGAGAAAUACUUCUCCACACAAAAAACCGACAUGCUUAGGGACAAGAUCUUACUAUUUGCACAACAAGAUGAUGAGUCGUUUUGUGAAGCAUGGGAGAGAUUCAAUGGGCUGCUCAAUCAAUGUCCUCAUCAUGGGAUUCCAUUGAAGCUUCAGAUGCGUAUGUUUUAUAAGGGACUAACCCCCUCUAGCCAUAAUAUUGUCACUAAUUUUGCAGGUGGUUUUUAUAAGACUAAGACUCCCGAAGAAACAUAUGAACUCUUUGAGGAGAUAGCAAUAGAGACCCAACACACCGAUACAAGAGAUUUCCAAAUUGGAACAAAAGCUAUAUGCCCUCCUUGCAUUGAACUCAAGAAACCCUUGAAAGGAAGUGUGUAG